AUGGCAUUUUGCCGUAAAUUACGGCGAAUUUGCCGCAAAAUAAGCUAUUGGAAAUUAAACAAAAUAAAUGGACCAAAGCCAUUUCCAUUUGUCGGUACGAUAAUUCAAGUUCUUAUUGGCAAACUGUCAAUAGGAAAUUACACUAAAAAAAUAUACGAUCAGUAUCCCGGCGAGCGUAUGGUCGGCGUUUACGCGGGAACUAAAAAAGUUCUGAUCUUGCGUGACUUAGAAUUAAUUCGAGACGUUAUGGUAAAAGAUUUUUCCAGUUUCGUCGAUCGAGGGUUAGGAUAUCACGACAAACAUGAGCCAUUGUCAGCAAAUGUCGGUUUAGUUGAUGAAGGUAGAUGGCGCUUAUUGCGACGUCAAUUAACGCCGGUAUUUUCGUCAACGAAACUAAAAAAAAUGUUCAGUCUUUUGAUUGGCUGCACUGAUCCUCUCAUUAAAAAUCUCACGUCAGUUGACGGCCAUGUUGUUGACAUAGGACCGGUGAUGAAGAAAUACGCAAUCGAUGUAAUUGGAGUCUGCGCAUUUGGUCUUAAAAUUGACGCACUGCUCGAUGACGAUAACCUUUUUUAUAAAAUGGGUCACAGAUUUUUCAAACCAACUCUUAAAAAUUUCUUAAGAUUGAGACUCAAAUCAUACGCGCCAUUUUUGUACAAAUUUAUUGGCGGGUGGUUUACAGACUGGGAGCUUCAGAAAUUUUUUAUUACACUCACACGUGAUAAUAUUGAACAUCGCAAAAAAUUUAAUGAAAAUCGUAAUGAUUUUAUUGAUUUAUUAAUGACAUUAAAAGAAAAUUCUCAGGAUUCAUAUGAUACAGUUUUGGCAGCCCAAUUGUUUAUUUUUUUCGUUGCUGGUUAUGAAACUUCAGCAUCGACAAUAAGUAAUUGUGUUUUUGAAUUGGCAAUAAAUUCCGAAAUCCAAAAUAAAUUGCGAGAUGAAAUAAAUUGUGAAUUAAUUUCUUGUGAUGGCAAUAUUACAUAUGAUGGAAUUGAAAAUAUGAAAUAUCUUGAUAAAGUUGUUUGUGAAACUUUGAGAAAAUAUCCACCAAUAAAUUUUACACUGAGAAGAUCUACACAAUCAUAUAAAUUUUCCGGUACUAAUUUAACAAUUCCCAAAGGUACAAUAAUUUGGAUUCCAAUUGCUGGGAUUCACCGCAAUUCCGAAUACUACCCAAACCCCGAUGUAUUCGAUCCCGAGCGUUUUAAAACCGAGGAAAUAAAUAAUCGUCCUCAAAUGUCUUAUUUGCCAUUUGGCGCCGGCCCGCGAAAUUGUAUCGGAUUACGUUUCGCAAAGAUGGAAGUUAAAAUAGCUGUGAUAAAACUUAUCCAGCAUUUCAAAAUUGAUGUUUGCGAUGAAACAGACGUGAAUUACACAAUUGAUGAAAAGCUGUUUCUGCUGGCUCCAUUAAAUGGAAUACGCCUAAAAGUAACAAAGUUAUAAUACAGUAAAUCAUUGAAAAUAAUAUGUUCAAUGAUAAUCAUUAUUUUUAUCGUUUAGUGACGUUUAGACCCUAUUUCGUGUUAAAAAUAAAAACAACUCUUAAUUAUAUUAAAUAAUUUAAUCUGUUAAUGUAAGAUAAUGUCCAACCACAAACGUGCCUAAAAUCAUUUAUUCUAUAAUUCAAACAUUUUUUUUAUUAAACUGUGGGUUGGAAAAUUACAAUACCUUACGAUAUCUCCGAUAGCUUAUUAGUAAGAGUAAUCCAUCAGAUUAAUUACACCCAUAGAUUAUAUUACUUGUCAUCGUUGCUCAAAAUGGUACCUCAUCUAAACAGUAAUGGCGCCCAAGUCUACUUUUUCGAUUAAA